AUGAAUGAUAUUUCAUCUCUCUCUAUUCCAGAUUCUGAAAUAGAUACAGAUCUUUUAGAUUUAUUAGUUCGAGAAGUAGAGAGAGAUCCAUCAAAUAAACAAUAUUUUAAAGUAUUAACUCAAUUCCAGAAACGUCCAGACGCAUAUAAAUGUUGUAUACCAGUUUUUAGCAAAGAAUAUGGUAUACAAACAAGAUAUUUAGUAUUAAAAAUCCUUAGAAACUAUGUAGAAUCCCAUUGGAACUUGAUUGAAGAUAAUGAGAAAUCACAAAUUCACGAAUUCGUCUUAAAGUUCAUUCAUGAUGAGAAUUACUUGCAAAACAAUGCAUUCAUCACAUUAGCAGAUCAAAUUCUCGUUUCAAUUCUUAAAUAUGAAUAUCCUCAAAAUUUUCCAAACUUUAUUUCAGAUAGAAUCAACGAGUCAUCUCAGAACGAGAUAUUACAGAUGAAUUGCAUCGAAAUCAUAUCUAUUCUCGCUCGUGAAAUUUCGAUUGGAGCAGAAGAAUCAUUAACAAUCAUUAGAGCAUCACAAUUGAAGGAGAAAUUCUCAAAAGAAUUUCCAAUUAUUACAAAAUUCAUUCAAAAUAUCUUUUUAAACAAUCCAUCGGAAGAAAUCAUCAUAAAAGCAGUCAGAGCUAUCAAAACAUUUGUACAGCUAAUAGAUAUGGACAAUAUUUUUCAAAUUGGCAUCUUUGGAAACCUUCAUAUUUUAUAUGAUCUAAAUUUCCAUAUUUUUGUGGAAGUUUCAUCGAUUUUCUGGGAGAUAUGCCAAAGUAAUAACUUCCCACCGGAAUUUGGCCAGCAAGUUCCAGAAAUUUUCUCAAAAAUUAUGGAAACAGUACAAAAAUACACUCAAUCCACUGAUAUCCUUGAUCUUCUAUCCUCAGAAACAGAUAAGAUUACAUUCUGCCAUACAGUUACUGGUCUUAUCCAGAAAUAUUAUAAAUUAAUUUUACCUCUUGACAAAGAAGGUUAUAUUUCCUAUGCGUCAACACUCCUUGUGUCCAUGCUAAGCAAUUUCAAUGACGAGCCUCUCCAAAUCUGCAUUGAUUUCUGGGCUUUCAUUGCGACCACGGCCUAUCGUGAAAAAAGGUGCCAACUUGAGAACACUACGGAAAUUUUCCUACCGUAUAUAAAUGAUGUAACCAAGACAAUUGUUCCGAAAAUCGUGAAUCCUUUCGAUGUUUUUGAGUUAGAUGACGAUCCUUCACAAUUGAACCGAUAUUCCAUAGAACAGAACAUUAUAUAUGACUCCAUGCAUGACUACCUUCUACAUGCAACACAGCUUUACCCACAAGAAACAUGUGAAAUCAUCAAUGAAUUUAUUCAUAAGGAAAACAUCACCGUUGAUGACAUCAAUGUUCUUUGUUGGUGUAUUGGCUGCAUUGGUAAUGGAUUUGAACAAACAGACAACGAAGAUUUUUCAUUUUUAUCAAAUAUGAUCAAUUCCAUCAUUAAUUUACUCGAAUCUACAGAAGAAAAUGAUAUUAAGAUAUCUAUCAUCAGUGGCAUCUCAUUUUCAGCAUCAGGACUAAGUAAUUUCUUUUCAAUUGAAGAUAAUAUUUCUAUUUUGAGUUUCAUUUGUCACAACAUCAUCGAAAUUCUUCCAUCUGUUGAAUCAACAACGGAAAUCAUUCUUUCAUCAAACUUUAACAAGGUUCUCCAUGUUUGUUCACAGUUAUUAGUCAGUACACCAAGUGGAUGCAACAAUAGUAUUGUUGAAUCAUGUUGUGACGAAUUAUUUUCUAUUUUUGGUCAAGUUUCAUCACAAUCAUUUUUGUUGUUAGUUGAUGGUCUUUGUUAUUGUUGUAAGCGCUGCGAAUCUGAUAUUAUGCGAUCUAUUGUUGAAGGUCUUUCAUUCCAAAUAUUCGAAUCUAUUUUUAGUGUCUUAAACACAGAAACAUUUAUUUUCUUUUUGAGAUGUCUUAAAAUCAUAUCAUUCAACAACACAGACUAUUUUGUUCGAUUAUUCAUUGAUUUCUCACCACAUUUGAUUGAUCUUUUCAACAAAAACUUUGAUAACUACGAAACAAAUGAAGAAAGUCAAAAUAUUUGUUUUGAAAUCUUAGAUUUAUAUUGUGUUAUUUCAUCCCAGAUUUCAUCACAUCAUGAAAAUCUUGAAUCAUUCUUCGAAAUCUGUUGUUCUACAUUUUUAAGUCUUUAUUUCACAGAAAAAUUUUCAUUUUUUGAUCAUCAUGUUUUACAGAUAUUUGGGAAUCUCUCACUGAAACUUCAAAACAAAAUGCCAUCAAAGUUUCUUAUUUUUUACAAUAACUUGUUUGUUCCAGUUUCUAAUUUAUUUCGUGAAGACAUCAAUUACAUCCAAAACAACAGUUUAUUGUGCACAUCAUUUAUCUUUUUGAUCAAGUGUUUUGUUCGAACAUCAUUAUCAAGUUUAUUAUGCAUGGAAUCCGAACAAAUCCGAUUUUUCUUUGAUACAUUCGACAAUCUGAUUUUGUAUGUUACAUCACGUGACAUUCGUGAUCUUUGUUUCUCAGUUCUUGAAGACAUUUUCACCACAGUUGACAAGAUGCAAGAGAACGCAUCACGUCGAUUCAUGAGUGAAUAUGGUGUCAAAUACUUAGUUGACAUUGUUCAUUACAUGGUUCUUGAAUCUAUGUCUGACAUCAUCGGUCAUUUGUCAUCUAUUUUCCGUCGAUUGAUUCGAAACCGAUUCAUUUCAGAGAACAUUUCACAAUUUUCAACCAUUAUUUGUGAACGAUUCGAUGGCCAAAACGUUGAUUGCAUUGAACGAUUCCUUUUCUCACUUCGUGACUGCAUGAACCAACGCGAUUUCCGAUCAAACAUUCGUGACUUCAUCAUCUCACUGAAACACUUCAGUCCUCUUGUUUUUAACACAUCAUCUAACGAUAUUGUUCAAGAUAAUCCACAACAUCCAGAAAACUUAAACAACGAAAAUGUUUUUCGUGACACACAUCUUCAUGAUAUUUCAUCCGAUAUCAAAGAUUUAUCACAGAAACUUGAAUUCAUGUCACUUAAUCAAUAA